CUUCUUUCAUUUUAUUUUCAAAAUUCGUAGGGUCCAUGUGAUUUUUUGCGUAAAUAAUAAAUAAUGACGACUACAACAACUAAAAAGAAGCGCGUUUCUAAAAGAAAUAAAGCAGCAUGGCGUAAACAUUGUGAUAUUACCGAUGUCGAAGCGUAUCUCGAAGACCAGAGGCUAGAAGAACGACUCGGUAAAUUUGAAGAAAAGGCCAAUGAAGAGCUCUUUAUCAUAGACACAGCUGGUGAUGAAAAGAAGGAGCAAAAAGUUGAAGAUAAGCCAAAUGUUAAACAACUAUCACUUAAGCAAAAGAAAAGGGCCCAAUUAGCAGAAACACCAAAGUGUUUUGAAGUUCUACUACCUGCAUCAAAGGUGCCUGAUCCCAAUGCCAAGAGGAACCAUGUGAACCCAGCUGGCACCAAACCAACAGCCCUAUCCAAGGUGUCAGAUAAAAGAAAAUAUGAAAAAGGCACCCUCGCCAAGAGAGUGGAACUGAUUAAAAAGAAUAAAAAGAUAGCAUACGAGAAGAAGAAGAAGUCUAAAUCUGUUAGACAGACUUUUGAUAAAAAUUUGUGGGGAGAUGAUGUGCCAGAAGCUAAAGGUAUCCCAGCGACGCUGUGUGGUGAGUUCAUAUCGCCGGAAGCUCAGCUGCACAAUGUGCCGACGACCAAACGUCUCCGACCCAAGCCCGCUCUGCCCAAGACUGUCGUCACCAGAGCCGCAGUAGAGCUGCCCCACCCAGGUGUCAGCUACAACCCAUCAUUCCAGGAGCACCAGGAACUCCUCCAAGAGGUGGUAAAGCACGAGCAGGUGAUGAUGAGGAAGGAGGCGCACCUGCACCGCGUCACCACCGGCAUGUUCAGCCGCGUCACGCAGCAGGAGAAGGAGAAACAAUGGCGCGAGGAAAUGAGCGCCGGUCUCCCUUUGCCCCACAAACCAGAGGAUGACAAGGACGAACAGCCCUCUGACAACGAGUACAGAGCCAUCAACCCCCCCGUCCAGAAUAAGAAGAAAGACCACAAGGCGAGAAGGAAACAGAAGGAGCGGCUGGCUGAGAAAGAGAGGCUGAAGAGAGAGAAGAUUGAUAAGAAGAAGAUUACGGAUAUAUACAAGUUGCGCAAACUGAAAGCAGCCGUUGUAGAGAAGGAGAAGAAACAAGUGGUAUUAAGAGAAAAGAGGCAAAAGAAGAAGGAAGAAGUGGCAGAGAAGGCCACUCCCGCGCUCAACGCCAUCAAGCCCAAACCACGGGAGCCGGACUUUGUGGACCCCAAAGACUUGAGCGGGGAUCUUAGGACCGUGAGACAUAGUACCAACCUCCUCCGCGAACGGUACGAAUCUCUCCAGCACCGUGGUGCUCUCGCCGCAGCCAAGAUCAUGAUGAAGAAGCGUCGCAAGGUCAAGAGCUACUUUAAACCCGGCCACAAGGUCACCGACAGUGACGUCCAGAAGGUCAUUGACAAGGCCUCAGGGAAGGUCACCAAGGCCUCCAGGAAGAAUGGCCUCGGAACGGUCUUGAGGUCAGCCGGGAAACGAUGAGAUAGAUGAGAUGGUAAUAAAGAUUAUAUGGUUAU